AAAUGACGCAACUGCAAUAUUUUCGAAAACACUAGCGGGGAAACGGUGGGCAGCUAAAAUAAAGGCAAGGUAGAGUUCUAAAGGUAAACAUAGCAGGAUGUGAAUCGCACUUUCGAUGCAAAAAUAUGCCGACGGAUCAGGUGUGUUUGGGUCGGAAGCGCCCUGUACCUUCGUGCCCAAACCCUCUGUUCCUGCAGUGGUUAACGGAGCUGCGUGACAGCGCCAAAGAGAAAGGCUUGAAAACGCAGUACGUUUACCAGAAGGCCAUAAACUCGUUGCAAAAGUACCCCCUGCCGCUGAAGAACGGAAAGGAGGCGAAGAUCCUGCAGAAUUUCGGCGACGGGAUCUGCAAGAUUCUGGACGAACGGCUGCAGAAGCACUAUCGCGAAAACGGUUCUGAUGCUCCAAUCCACUCGGCUGCUUCUUGCCAUAGAAGCAGCGUGGCUUCCUCCAAAGGGAUGGAGGAACCUCGGAACGCAAGUGUGAAGCAGAAAGAAGCGAUAAAAGAGAAGGGAGCCAAGAAAAAGAGAGAAUAUGUGCCACAAAAGAGGUCUGGAGGUUAUGCUGUACUGCUCACUUUGUAUAGACACGCGCAGAUGCCUGGCAGUAAAGGCUUUAUGUUUAGAAAUGAACUGCAAACCGAGGCACAACCCUUGUGUGAUAAGUCCUUCACAGUGCCUGAUCUCGGUAGCAAGUACACUGCAUGGUCGUCAGUUAGCACGCUCAUUCAGAAAGAGCUUCUGGUGAAGACGCACAAUCCCGCAAGGUAUUCGUUGACUGACCAGGGCCUGUCUCUGGCCGGAAAGCUGGAUUCAGAAGAGACGGAGAUAGCUAAAGAAGACGUGGAGAACGUGAGUGAAGAAGAGGACGCUCAGGAUGGACCAGGUGUUGUAGACCUGACUUUGGAGGAUGAGGUGGAGCAGGAAGAGAAAGAGAGUUGGUGAGUAGAAGCAGGAUUCUUCAGAAAGCCUGCAGCGGCUCUUUUUGUAAACCAGGCCGGAGGUCACGUCUCUGAAUCAGGCUCCACAGAAAAAUCCAAGACCUUAGAAACGGGGAGAACGGCGAUGGGUUGGCAUCUUUCACCUGGCUCUUAUGACAUUGUGUUGUGUGUCGACUUCAUCGAAACAACAGGGGGGAAGCAGUGGCGAAAACAUAAAUUGGUUAAGGAAUUGCAAAGAAAUGGUGUGAUCUUUGAUGUCAGGAAACUGAAUGUUGGAGACUUCCUUUGGGUAGCGCGUGAGAAAGUCACACCUGUUCCUGGGCAGCUGCGUCCGCCUGCAGGAAAAGAGCUGGUGCUUGAUUACGUAAUUGAGAGGAAGAGGAUGGAUGAUCUGUGUGGAAGCAUUAUAGAUGGACGCUUCAAAGAGCAGAAGUUUCGGCUGAAGAGGUGUGGCCUGCGUAAGCCCAUUUAUCUCGUGGAGGAGUGUGGAUCAGCAGCGGCUCAUCUCAGUAUUCCUGAGAGUACGUUACAACAGGCUAUAGUCAAUACACAGGUGGUUGAUGGCUUCUUUGUGAAGCGUGUUCAGGAUGUGAAAGAGUCUGCUGCUUACCUCACCAUCAUGACCAGAUACCUCCAGAAACUCUACCAGAAUUGCACACUAUUCUGCCGCUCCAGAGAACUGGAGGGUGAUGGAGAAGAUAAAAGUGAGCAAACGGCAAACCUCUCCUGUUCUCUCAUGGCCUUCACGGAAUUUAACUAUGGGGCUAUUAAGAACAAGUGCCAGACAGUGCGGGAAGUAUUUGCACGGCAGCUUAUGCAGAUCAGUGGAGUCUCUGGUGAUAAAGCAGCCGCUGUUCUUGAACACUACAGCACAGUCAGCAGUUUACUGCAAGCAUAUGAUCGGUGCUCCAAUGAAACAGAAAAAGAGAAACUUCUUUCAUCCAUCAAGUAUGGAAAACUCAGAAGAAAUAUUGGACCAGCGUUGAGUCGCACUAUAUAUCAGCUCUACUGUACACGUGGAUCUCUGUCGUAGCCCUAGGCCUUAAUACAAACUCAAAUGUGUCGCAUUUCGGUUUAAUCAUUGCAUUUCCAUUUUCAUUCUGUACAGCUGUCGACUCUCAAAUAACGUCUAAAGUAAUAAAGAUAUAAAUUACAGUUUUUCUAA